CACCUGACCACGAUCAGUGUACCUCUGUUAAAGUUUCCCCGGGCUGAGACAGCUGGCUGCAAAUACUGAGCACUGGAUUAAUACUUGAGGCAGCCUAUCCUUCACAGCUAGAUGGAGGCUUUGAAGCAGAAGAGCAACCUCCUUGAUUUGCAAACAGAGGGCAACAUGGAACAACCAUUCAGUAUUAGUUCCUUGAAAAAGCUUGUAGCUAUUCCUGACCACACGGACAUCUCUGUGACCCCAGAAGAGAGAGUGCGUGCCCUAAGCAAACUUGGCAGCAAUAUUGCAAUCAAUGAGGACAUCACUCCACGUCGUUACUUCAGAUCUGGAGUAGAAAUGGAGCGAAUGGCAUCAAUUUACAUGGAGGAAGGAAAUCUGGAGAACGCUUUUGUUUUUUAUAACAAGUUCAUAACCUUGUUUGUGGAAAAGCUGCCCAGUCACCGAGACUAUCACCAAUGUGCAGUACCAGAAAAACAAGUCAUUAUUAAGAAACUGAAGGAGGUUGCAUUUCCACGGACAGAUGAACUGAAGAGAGAUCUUUUAAAAAAAUAUAGCUUAGAAUAUCAAGAAUACAUGCAAAACAAAAACAAAUGUAAAACUGAAUCUCUGAAGAAACUAGAGCAGCAGAAGCUGAUAGAGGCAGAGAAGAAACGAAUUGCACAUAUGAGGCAGCAGCAGCUUGAAUCAGAACAGUUUCAGUUCUUUGAGGAUCAGCUUAAGAAGCAAGAACUGGCUCGAGAUCAGAAGAUUAAAGAGAGCAUGGUUAUGUCUGAGCAGAUAGAUGGAAGUAUGCUAUCCUGUAUUUCUGUACCUGAGAACAGUUCCUCACCUACCACACUGCUAGAGAAAAAAGAGAAGAGUGGCAUAUGUGUCUCUACUGGAGAUUCACCUCCAGUAAACCGGGCCCUAAAACCAGCAGCUGCUUUAAGUGCUGUUCAGACUCAACUGGCUGAAGCACUCAGAGGUGUAAUUUUACCCAGGGAUCUCUGUCACAAAUUUCUGCUGCUAGCAGAGGCGAACACAUUAAGAGGAAUAGAGACAUGUGGAAUUCUCUGUGGAAAACUGACACACAAUGAAUUUACUAUUACCCAUGUAAUAGUGCCAAAGCAAUCUUCAGGACCAGACUACUGUGACAUGGAGAACGUAGAAGAAUUAUUUGGUAUUCAGGAUCAGUUUGAUCUCCUCACUUUGGGUUGGAUACAUACACAUCCAACACAAACCGCAUUCUUAUCCAGUGUUGAUCUUCAUACUCAUUGUUCUUAUCAGCUCAUGUUACCAGAGGCCAUUGCAAUUGUUUGUUCACCAAAACAUAACGAUACUGGCAUCUUCAGACUGACUAAUGCUGGCAUGCUUGAAGUUUCUGCAUGUAAAAAGAAGGGAUUUCAUCCACAUACAAAGGAUCCCAGGUUAUUUAAUGUAUCCACUGCUGGGAUAUGUAAAGGAUCACACUGUACUACGCCCUGUGUCACAACCAAACAUGAAGCAAUAUCCUCUACAGAAAUUUAUUUCUUUUUCUAUAUUACAGUCCUUGCUUUAUACAGCAGUCUACAGCUGUGAAGACAAGGUUUGUCUGUGAACAGGCGCAGUGAUAGGCAGACUUAAGGCUGAAUAUAUAGGCAAACUAUUAAGCAGGCUCAGGAAGAAAUAGUCUGAAAUAGACUAUUAAUUUACUGAAAAUGAUUUCUGAAUAAUGUAUUUUCUUUCACAGCCAUGCACCCAUGUGGUUGGGAAGGACAUAAAGAUAAUUGUGCUGGAUCUGAGGUGAUACAGAUGGACAGUCACAAUGUUGUUAUAAAAGUGGCCAAAAGAGAAAAAUGGCUUCCUGUUUUUCUUACAUUUUCAGAAACAACUUUUAUAUUUAUACAUUUUAGAUUGAAUGGUUUGGUAUUUAUUGCUUUUGCCUGUUUUGGAGUUACUUUGUUGCCCUGUCAAGAUGGAAUUCAGUGGCAUUACCCCUGAAACCGUAGAUGUAUCAUCUCACUAAAAACAACAAUAAAAUGAACUUCAAGCAACAGUAACGAAGUUGAAAUAAAUAAUGCUCCCUUUGUA